CAAAGAUGGCAGCCUACAGUGACAGGUCGUGUGUUAUGAAGCACAGCUAGUUAUUGACACAGUAACAGUCUGUUUUAUCAGUCAGAACAGCAAAUUAUACGUUUUAAUUCAUAAUACUAACACGGUGCUGUUUAAGAGCAUGCCACUACGUUAGAGGACGAGUCAGGCUAUACAACUUAAAGAUGGUGGAAGGUAACUAAAUUGCACUUUAUGCAACUGUCUUACUACCAAGUACAUUAGAGUAAGAGAGAAAAUGUUUCCUGCUACAUGGUCACGACUGUCCCGCAUGGCUCUGUCCAGCCGAGGACGGAGAACUCUGAGUCUGUUCUCCAGCUCGGCACCCUCCAACUGGAGCAAAGCGGUCGCAGACGCAGAGAAGAUCGUCGGAUAUCCAACUUCCUUCAUGAGCCUCCGCUGCCUGCUCAGUGAUGAACUCAGUAAUGUGGCCAUACAGGUGAAGAGACUGGUCGGGACUCAACACCCUUUACUCCACACUGCAAGGGACUUUGUCUUCGACAGCGGGAACAAUCUCCCGACAAGAGGACUGAUUGUUCUGCUGUUGUCCAAAGCAGCAGGGCCGAGCCACACGGCCUCCGAUCUUCUGGCUCAGGACACGGUCAGCGGCAUCCACACGAGCCAGCGUAACUUGGCAGAAAUCACAGAGUUGAUCCACACGGCGUUCCUGGUGCAUCGUGGGAUAGUGGACCUGAAGGAGUGGACAGUCUCAGAUGGCCCACUGAAGGACAUGGAGUUCGGGAAUAAGAUCGCCGUCCUGAGCGGCGACUUCCUGCUAGCAAACGCUUGUACCGGACUUGCCCAACUGAACAACACUAAGGUUGUUGAACUGAUCUCGAGUGCCAUUGGUGACGUGGUUCAAGGAAUCUACAACGAGAACACCAGUAAUACGGAGCAGGAGAACAGUCUGGAUGUAGAGGCGUGGGAGGAGCACACCUUCCUGUCCCAUGGUGCACUGCUGGCCAAGAGCUGCCAAGCUGCCAUGGAGCUGGCCCAACACGACAAGGAGGCCCAAAGACUGGCCUACACGUUCGGCAAACACCUGUCCAUGGGCCACAAGCUCAACUCUGACCUGCUGCCGUUUGUAAAGAGCAGCGCAGGAGAGUCUGCGACAUUCAGCUUUAGCGCCGCCCCCGUUGUUUUCCACCGUCAGAUCGUAGGGCAGGAGAGGUGGAGUCAGCAGCUGCAGCAGGUAAAAACACGGAGGAAUGAACUGGAUUACUCAAAGCUUUUGGCAGCGGUUAAGUCGGAGAAAGGCGUGAGCACAGCAAUGGAUUUAUGCUGUUACCAUGGCAACAAGGCUCUGGAGGCCAUCCAGACGUUCCCCUCCUCCGAGGCUCGAUCCGCCUUGGAGAACAUCGCCUCUGCCAUCACCAAAUUCUGACCUGUGCUCACACACACGUACACACACACAGAGUGUCUUUGUCCGCAACAGGAUGAGGAGCACUGAACUGUUGACACUUACGAAACAAAUCAACUUAUUUUGUGCCAGGUGCUGACUGCUGGAGAAACGGUUCUGCUCCGCCGGGGAUGACAGUGUGCAUCAGAAAUGCAAUGGCUGUAUCCAUAAAUGGUCAUCAUUAAAAACAAGGAAUAAAAACACAUUACUUCA